AUGCGAAUUCUCAAUGGCAGUGUCGACCAUGGCACGGAUGGGACGACCCUUGCCCGGACGGCGCUAGUUGCGGCGGAACUCCGUAAAUUAGAGGCCCCAAGAGAUUUUAUUGGAAAUAUCUUCGACCACGAAAAGAACGGUCGUGCCCUUUAUGGGAACCAGGCAGCACGAGAAAUCUUCGGGGAGCUGGACGACCUAAUCAGUCUCGCCAGAUCGUUCAAGCAGAAUUUUGAGAUCGAAGAUGACAAUCAAGACUGGUUUAAAGAGAUGGUGAAGAAAGAAUUUCAACAUAAUCCUAACUACCAGGACCAUUCUAAGAAAGAAAUACUCCAGCAUUUGUUUCAAUGGUCGCGACUAUGGCAUGGUGCCCGAGACCGAGCGCUUCAGCAUUGCACUACGCGCAAUCCUAUCUUUUUUGGGGCGUACGGUAAUAAUCCAUAUUAUGAUGGACGUGGCGCGCCUGCAAACGUAGUAUUGCAUGAAGCUCGACUAGAGGAGGAUGCGGUGCUAGCACAUUUUCACCUGAACCAAAGCCUCGAGCACCAUUUUCAGCAUGCAUAUGGUAUGGACAAAAGCGACGUUCUUGCGCUCAUGAACGCACGCCAGGAUGCCUCGUCGCGCGCGUCCAUGUCACGCGGUGCGUACAUUUUUACAUGGCUGGCGAGUUACAUUAACGAAUUUGCAUCUAUUCGGCAACUGGCUCAUCAUACCGUAUGGAAAAGGGCCACGGGUAUCGUCGGUCAAAAUCGAAUUCGAUUCUAUCGGAACAGAGUACCAAUAGAGCAGCCGUCGCAUGACGCAUAUAGGGCUUUCGUCGCAACGACUAAUUCGUUGGUCAAAGAUUACAACAAUCACCAUUGCAUAAACAGAACCACCUUCGAUAUCCUUAGGAACCAAAUCUUGGACCUAAAUCGACAAGUGCGGACGACCCGAAUAUUGAAGGUUGACGGGGUAAACGCCACUCCAGUACCCCCUAAUACGUCCCUGGACGUUCAAAUUCAGUCGAGACUGGAUCAUUUCCCGGCAGAGACAGCAUCUAGAAACAUCAAUCAUCCACCUGCUCGACUAUACUGCGACACGACAAAUUGGCCACCGCCUCAGCCACCGCAUGACCACGAUGACGAUGAUGAUGACGAUAACGAUGACGGAGCGGACGGCGGGAAUGGUCCCGUCACGCCUGCGCCUGACCCAAAUACGAGCAAUGCGGGAAGCAGAGCUGUUGCUGGCCAGAUUAGCACCACCACACCCACAACGGAGAAUCGUCGAAUUUUCCGUCCACCCAAGCGACAGAAUAGGACGACGCCUGACACUUCUGCCACUCUGAACAGCCCCCCACAGACUUCGAGCACUCCAACUCCAAGUAGAAAGAGGACCAGAACAGCAGGGACAGAUACCGCUCUGGGCCAGCUAGUAUCCGGCGUGGUCAAGGGACUGUAUAGGAUGACCUUUACCGGUCCCGGCGAUAAUGGUGCACCCCCGGUGGUGGUUGAAGUCACAGGGCGUGAAAUCACCGGAACACCGUCCGGGGCGUGCAAGAGACGCAAAGUAGAUCCUGCCGAUAAUAUGGGUUCUUAG